AUGCCGGCCGAAAGGCGCUCUCUGCGAUCAAACAACAAAUCUGACACCUCUUCAUCUGCUAACGGUGAGAAGGGACGCUCAGACUCCCAAAGCUCGGGUGCGAAAGACAAGGCGCCUACCACACGCGCUGCCGCCAACAAAGCCAAGUCCACCCAGCCCAAGAAGGACGCAAAGGGCGCAUCGAACGGCGAGAUGGGAGAGGAUGAUAAGUCGCAUACCAAUGGAUCCAAGUCAACCGGGAACGGUGUGAACGGAUCUGAAGAUGUUGAGAUGGGAGAGGAUACGGCAGGUGCGCCUACAUCCUCAUUCAACGCCAGCAAGAACCGCAAAGGUGACGAGAAGAUGACUGUUGUAGUGCCCCCGACCAAGGGUUCCAGAUCAUCUGGCAAAGACAAGGAAGAGGAUGUGACAAUGGAAGGUGCGGAAGACGGCGAGGCCGAGAACACCGAGCCUGAAGUCGACCCGAGAACUAAGGCCAUUCAAGACAUCAAAACCAAUUUCACCUUGCUCGAGCGAGCCGUUGCCCACUUCGACCCCAGAUUCACCCUCCGUGUCCUACGGUCGAUAUCCUCGAUGCGGAAACACCUCACCCCGGAGGUCCUCGCCGAAGUCAUUGUGGAGGUCUCCUCCCCGUCUAGCUCCACGGCUUCGUUCCUUCUGGCAGCUCUCAACCAAGCAAAUGCUUUCGAGAACGCCCCAUCCAACUCACAGAUGGAGGUCGACUCGGAGAAGGCCGCCCCCAAGGAGACACUUGCCGAGGUGGACGCAUAUCUCUCGAUUCUCGUCCAGAUUUACUUGUUUGAUCAGCGGGAGAUCCAGAAGGGGGCUCAAUUCUCAACAGAGUUGAUUGAGCGCCUGCGGGCCCUCAACCGUCGCACACUGGAUUCCCUUGCCGCACGCGUGUACUUCUACUACUCUCUCUUCUUCGAACAAAUUGCCCCGCUACCUCCUUCCCCUGCCGCAGCCGUUACGACUAUUCGCCAGUCAUUGCUGGUGGCUUUGCGUACCGCUGUGCUUCGGAAAGAUGUUGACACACAGGCCACCGUGAUGACACUGUUGCUCCGCAACUACCUAUCUACGUCUCACAUCUCACAGGCAGACCUUCUGAUCUCCCACAACCCAUUCCCCGUCGCUGCAUCCAACAAUCAGAUUGCCCGGUAUAUGUUCUAUCUCGGCCGCAUUCGUGCUAUCCAGCUGCAGUACACCGAGGCCCACAGCCACCUCAUUGGGGCUACCCGCAAGUCGCCCGCUAGCCCUAUCGCUCGUGGCUUCUACCAGGCUUCCCACAAAUUGCUGGUUGUUGUUGAACUGUUGAUGGGUGAUAUUCCAGACCGUUCAGUCUUCCGCCAACCGGCCUUGGAACGUGCCAUGCAUCCUUACCUGUUGCUUUCUCAAGCAGUCAGUGUUGGUGACUUGGAUGGCUUCCUCACUAUUGUCAACACUCACAGUGAGACCUUCCGCAAGGAUGGCACCUACACCCUGAUUCUGCGCCUGCGACAGAAUGUUAUCAAGACAGGCAUCCGUAUGAUGUCACUUUCCUACUCCCGCAUCUCUCUGCGGGAUAUCUGCCUACGUCUAGGCCUUGACAGCGAGGAGUCUGCCGAGUAUAUUGUAGCUAAGGCUAUUCGUGACGGUGUCAUUGAGGCUACACUUGAUCACGAGCAUGGCUUUAUGAAGAGCAAGGAGGUUGGUGAUAUUUACGCCACCAGAGAGCCCGGUGAGGCGUUCCAUGAGCGUAUCCGCGCCUGUCUGGCCCUUCACGAUGAGAGUGUCAAGGCUAUGCGCUUCCCCAUGAAUCAGCACCGUCUGGAGCUCAAGAGUGCCCAAGAGGCUCGGGAACGGGAGCGUGAACUUGCCAAGGAGAUCCAAGAGGGUGACAUUGACGAUGAGGAUGCUGGAGGUGAUCUCGAUGGCAUCUAA